UAUGGUUAUGUGCCAAACGGAAACAGAGUGUAUUACCUGAAUCGGUCUCAGCCACCGUUGCUUACUUGGUGCCUAUCAGCAUAUUAUGAAGCUACAGGUGAUAAGGAAUUUGUGCUGAAUGGCGCUCGUUGGUUCGAACGAGAAUACGAAUUCUUCCGAGCACACAAAUCAAUUCAGCUAUCGGGUUUAGCAUCACCACUCUAUCGCUAUCACGUCGUUGCCGCUGGCCCACGUCCAGAAAGUUAUCGUGAGGACGUUGAAAGUGCACAUCACAUUGAGGACAUCCUGGAAAAACAGCGUCUCUGGGGUGACAUUGCAGCUGCAGCGGAAAGUGGUCGUGAUUUCAGCUCACGUUGGUUCUCGCAGGAAGGGCCCGUUGCUGGCAAAAUGGGAUCCACAAGGUUCGUUCCUGCGCAAACGUCGUGA